ACUGCUCCUGCGCCGGGCGGGGCCGUCGCCGCCAGCGGCUCCGAGCGCCGGAAGGGCCAGGUCUCGGUGCUCCUGGAGCUGCAGGCGGCGGGAGGGGCUACAAGUGGGUCCAUUUUUUGGUAUCUUUUUUCCUCCUUUUCUUGGCUCAUCCCCAAAAGCGGAAAGUUUAGGGCAGAGCGACAAUCAGACCCAUCCACUAUGCCCCAACACGUGCAGGGCUGCGAGGGCGCCCGUUCCUCCCGGGACCCCAAGCGGUUUCUGAUGCUUGACUCAGUGAUGCAGAACCUUUCAGAGUUAGCUGGAAGCCACAGCCCUGCCUCUUGAUGCAGCCUGGAUCCAGCCGGUGUGAAGAGGAGACCCCUUCCCUCUUGUGGGGUUUGGAUCCUGUGUUUCUAGCCUUUGCAAAACUCUACAUCAGGGAUAUCCUGGACAUGAAGGAGUCCCGCCAGGUGCCAGGUGUAUUUUUGUACAAUGGACAUCCAAUAAAACAGGUAGAUGUCUUGGGAACUGUCAUUGGAGUGAGAGAAAGAGAUGCUUUCUACAGUUAUGGAGUGGAUGACAGCACUGGAGUUAUAAACUGCAUCUGCUGGAAAAAGUUGAAUACUGAGUCUGUAUCAGCUGCUCCAAGUGCAGCAAGAGAGCUCAGCUUAACCUCACAACUUAAGAAGCUACAAGAGACCAUUGAGCAGAGAACAAAGAUAGAGAUCGGGGACACGAUCCGAGUCAGAGGCAGUAUCCGCACAUACAGAGAAGAGCGAGAGAUUCAUGCCACCGCUUACUAUAAAGUGGACGACCCAGUGUGGAACAUUCAAAUUGCAAGGAUGCUUGAGCUGCCCACUAUCUACAGGAAAGUUUAUGACCAGCCUUUUCACAGCUCAGCCCUAGAGAAAGAAGAGGCACUAAGCAAUCCAGGUGCCCUGGACCUCCCCAGUCUCACGAGUUUGCUGAGUGAAAAAGCCAAAGAAUUCCUCAUGGAGAACAGAGUGCAGAGCUUUUACCAGCAGGAGCUGGAAAUGGUGGAGUCUUUGCUGUCCCUUGCCAAUCAGCCUGUGAUUCACAGUGCCUGCUCCGACCAAGUGAAUUUUAAGAAGGACACCACUUCCAAGGCAAUUCAUAGCAUAUUUAAGAAUGCUAUACAACUGCUGCAGGAAAAAGGACUUGUUUUCCAGAAAGAUGAUGGUUUUGAUAACCUAUACUAUGUAACCAGAGAAGACAAAGACCUGCACAGAAAGAUCCACCGGAUCAUUCAGCAGGACUGCCAGAAACCAAAUCCUCAUCAAGUGGACAGGCCCUGCCACUCAGGCUGUGAAUGGGAGCCUCUGAAAGCCACUAGCCAAUCACCUGGCACUACUACACGCCCAGGAGCUGAAUUCUGAAGCCUGAGUUACUGAGAAUGCUGAUAAAAGAUGUUAUAAGGACUGUGUUGGAACCUGCUGUGACCACCCCGCUUCAUAAUGUCAUAACAUAGCAAUUCAGAAUAGUAAUGUAUGCCCCUCAUGAAAAGCCAAGCCGUGCAAAAAUCCACUCCAAAAAGCCAGACUCCCUCCCAGCACUGAGCCCCAGCUUCUGUGUUCCCCUCUCCAAAGGCAGUGGUUGUUAUUAGUUACUUGCAUAUCCUGUUGGAUAUGUGUUUUCUAUCAAGGAUAAACUAUACAGAUAUGCACUUACAAACAUAUCGUAUUAUUUAUCCUUGACAGAAAACACAAGUGAAGUUUAGCCGACGAUAUACAUUGUCCUACACCUUGUAUUUUAGAUCUAACAUUGCCUUCUAGAGGUCAACAGUACACAUGAAAGUGCCUACGUCUUUUCAUUAGCUGGACAGCAUGCUGUUAUAUGUAUAGGUAAAUAUCUGACCCUCAGUCUAACCAUACCUACUGGGCCUUUAGUUCCUUUCUAGCCUUUCAAACAGAAUAUAGCCUGGAGUUUUUCCUUGUCAGGAUGAUUGGUAGAAGGACUUGAAGUCAUUUAUGAGUGUCUCACAAAGGCUAACCCUUCAAUAAUGAAAGGACUGUGAACAUCAAGCCUGUGUUAGGUCCCUGAAGGAUUGAUACUUGUUUUCUGAAGAUGGGCAAUGUGGCGGCAUUGUGAGGAGCUGUGCUCUGAAGCCACCUUGCCUAGGUUUGAAUCCCGGCUCUGCCACUUGCUAGCUGUGUAAUGUUGGGCAAGUGCCUCGGGUUCUUUAAAUGCAAAGUGGGGAUAAUGAUAGUACCUACAAGAUGGGUUUUUAUAAGAAGUAAAUGAAUUGGCAUUUAGAAAGUUAGAAGAGUACUCAGUGCAUAAUUAUGAUCCAAAAAGUAUUAAAUAAAAAUGAAGUUCUCUUUCCUAAUGGCACAAGUGGUAACCCCUAAUUCUCUAGCCUGCAGGCCUGAAGGCUCACCCUCUACUUGGUUUAAUAUUGAUCUGGAAGGAGGCAGUUUCAGAUAGAAUCUGUAUGUGGAUUUUGCUGUAUUAUUGUUGGAGUAAAGUUGACAAAA